GAUUAUGGGCAAUAGAAAUUCUAAUGUGUCAUCUGCAGAUGAGCCCAGGGAUGCCCCCUCUACCGAGGUACAGGCUCCUGGGAGUGCCAACAGUUGCACUAAUGCCCCUGCCAGCCCACCCCUCCAACCCCCCAAUCCCACUCAGGCCACCCUGCCUGACUUUAUUGUAGCCAAUCCCACCACUUCCUCAUCGCUUAUGGCACAUUUAGGUCCCCCUACUGGGGUCCCUGCCGCUAUUGCGCAUAUGGGGGAACGUCCCAAUUCCAGACGGCGCUCAUCUUCAAACUCACCUGAUGUAUCCGUCCGCCGUUACCGGCGCAGGUCGGCAGCUUGUCAUCAACGUUGUUCCCGUCAUCGGUCACGGUCUGCGCGGCGGUCCCACAGAAGUGCCCGCUCCAGAUCGUCUCGCUGGCGGUCACCUUCAUCAACGGAGGUCAGCUCCUGCAGCGAUACCGCUGGCAGGUCUCAUUCACAACGCAGAAGGGGUGCCCAUUCAUCCGCUGCACGGGCUUCUCGCGGGGCCAGCCGGGCCAGCGCGGUGCAGGAUCCGAAUCCUCCAAUCGCCCCAGUGGAACCUCCAGGUCCUUCUACUACCGGAGUUCCGGACCCUAGUGCCAGCAGCUUCACCGGACGGAUCCAUAGGCCCGGCCCAUCUCUGGGACAUCCCGCUGAACGAUUGAUGCCUCUCAUUAGAGCCUCAGUGGCUCCUAGGACCUGGACGGGUUAUGGUAAGGCCUGGGCUGGCUGGGUAGCGCUAGCAGGGACUCAUCCGGUCCAUUCCUCAGUGUCGGAUCGGCUGCGCAUAACCAUCGACUUUAUUUUGCAGGCAAGGGAAGCAGGCGUUUCGGCGGCGGUUAUCCAACGCCGCUUAGCCGGGGUUAGCUUUUAUUUUAGGUUAUUGGGUUGCCUGGCGUUUUUCGGGGCUUUUCGGAUAAGCGAGCUCCUCCCCCCGACCAAGUUCCGGCCAGGUGGUGUUUUGCAAGAUGAUGUCCUUAUUAGGGAUUCCUUGGUGCGCAUUCGCCUCCGCCGGUCAAAAACAGACAUUUUUGGCCGGGGUUCUAGUGUGUCGUUAUAUCGCAUCCCCGGCCCGGCUUGCCCAGUCUCGGCAACCUAGAUCAGAGAGCUGAAACAA